AAUGUCAAAUGAUACGAGCGAUAUAUAUUAGUAAUACUUAGCAUUUCACAAAGAUACAGCUUGUGUCGACUGAGUAGCUGUGUUUUCCUUAAUUUAUGUAUUAUACAAUAGGUACAUGAAUCAAGAUUAGGUAAAAAGUUAGUGCUUGUAGAUUUUCAGUAUAAACGAACGAGCGUUUCAUACAGUUUACAUGUUUUAAAGUUGAUAAAACAACCGGUUUUGAGAAACUAGUAAGUGAAUGGCAAGCGAUAUUUUAUGUGUGAAUUACUUACCAGCUAACAGAUUCCUUUCACUUUCCUAUAUCGCAUGAGAUCGCUGUUUUGAUAACAUAUCUUUUUUAGUGAAGUUACUUUCAUGUCUAUCAAUAGCCAAGUUCAAAAGUCCAAUCUCGAGUACGAAGAAUUUAACAUGCUUCGUGGGUUGAGAUUAACAUCCUUGAAGAGUUGUCUUUUAGAACCAUAUGCCAGCUCUUUUCACAUAAAAUGCAAUUACACAUCAACUAAACCUUCAAGUAAGGUGCAAAAUUUGCCAAGGCUGCCAGUGCCAAAACUUGGAGAUACCCUGAAUAAAUAUCUGAAAUCAGUCCAACCCUUUUUGAAUGAUGCAGAAUUUAAUACAACUUGUAAUCUUGUCAAGGAAUUUGAAAGUGGUAUGGGGAAAAAAUUACAGAGUCUUUUAGAAAAGAGAGCUGAACAACAUCAAAACUGGCUUGAAGAUUGGUGGCUUAAUACAGCAUACUUAGAAUAUCGUGACCCUGUUGUAGUAUUUUCUAGUCCAGGCCUGGUUUUUCCUUUCCGUAAAUUUAACAACCAGCAAGACCAAUUAAAGUAUGCAGCUAAAACUUUAUUAGCUGCCUUAGAUUACAAGGCUUUAAUAGAUAAUGAUAAAAUUCCAGUUGAAAUGAUGGGAAAAAGUCCCCUGGAUAUGUCACAAUAUAAAAAGAUAUUUGGAACUUGCCGCAUACCAAUUGAAAAACGAGACAAAUUAUCAUUUAAUGAUUCUAAACAUGUAACUGUAAUACAUAAUAACCAUAUUUUCCGAGUCGAUCUUUGGGGCAGUGAUGGCAAAAGGUUAAAUGAAGAUCAAAUUUCUCAAAUUUUAAAGAAAGUAGUUGAUUUAUCAUCGACUCCAGCUAGUGAUACAAUUGGUGUUCUUACCUCCGAAAACAGAGAUAACUGGGCAAAGGCUUAUCAGCUGCUCAGUAAAGAUAAAGUGAACAGAGAGUCCCUCUUGGACGUCGAGACGAGCCUAGCGGUGUUGUGUCUGGACGCCGCGACAGGCGUGUGGCGCUUGGAGGGCGACCCACAACGCACGCUCGCCGCCGCUCAGACCAUACACGGCGGCGGCUCGCGCAGCAACGGCGCCAAUCGCUGGUUCGACAAAACUAUACAGUUCAUCGUCGGAGCAGACGGCAUCACAGGCCUCACUUACGAACAUUCCCCUGCUGAAGGACAACCGAUAGCUGUACUGACUGAUUUCAUUAUUAAGUACAUAGAGCAAGAUAAACCGGUUGAAUCUUCAUCUUCGAGUCCGAAGGAUCCUGUCCGACUCACAUUCAACGUUAACAAAGAAGUCGCCGAGAUGAUAUCAACAGCAAAAACUAACUUGGAUAAAUUAGUUGCAGACCUAGACUUAAAUUGCUUCAAGUUCGACAGAUACGGCAAGAACUUUAUCAAGUCGCACAAAAUGAGCCCUGACAGCUAUCUCCAGAUGGCAAUGCAAUAUGCUUUUUACAAGCUACACGGCACGCCGGGCGCUCACUACGAGUCGGCGGCGACGCGCAUGUACGCGGGCGGGCGCACGGAGACCAUCCGCUCGUGCUCGGUGCAGUCCGUGCAGUUCGCGCGCGCCAUGCUGGACGCGCGCGCCGCGCCGCGCGACAAGCUCGCCGCGCUGCACGGCGCCGUCAAGGCGCACAAGGACUACACCGUGCAGGCAUUACAAGGUUUAGGCGUCGAUAGACAUUUAUUGGGAUUGAAGUUGAUAGCGAUCGAAAAUGGUAUCGAAUUACCGAAAAUAUACUCCGACCCCGGAUACGUACGAAGCGCUCACAUGAGAAUUUCCACGAGUCAGGUGGCGUGCCGGUGCGACGGCUUCAUGUGCUACGGGCCGCUGGUGCCGGACGGGUACGCGACGUGCUACAACCCGCGCGACGACGACGUGAACUUCGCCACCGCGGCCUUCGCGGCGCACCCCGACACCGCCAGCGCGCCGUACCGCGCCGCGCUCGAGCACGCGCUCACGGACAUGCACGACGUGCUGCUGCGCGCCACGCAGUCCAAGCUCUGAGCGCACUGCCGUGGUGACGGGCUGGCUUGCAUUGUCAUUAUCUACUUUAAUGAUAUAAGACAUUCAUAAAUGAUUUUUGAUAACUAUAUCUAAGACUAAGAGUUACAUUGUAAAUAUGUAAUAUAUUCAAAAUAUUUACGGUUUGGUAAAAAAUAUUUUCUAUA